AUGUUUGAUUUUCAAUUCCAAGAUGAUUUACUCCCACAAUUACACUCUCAACAUCAUCAAAAUCUAACCAACUUCAACCAUAACAAUAAUCAUAAUGGUAGCAAUACCAACAGUGGAUCUAAUCAACAUCAUUCUAAUCAAACUCAUUCCCCAAGAAAAAGAUCAAGCCAUAGACUCAGUUAUUCACGUUUGUUGUUAUCUGACAUUUUGAAUUAUGAUAUUCAAACUGCUGUUGAACAAGAUCAUCAACAAUCCAAAGCUAAGUACUUGCACCAAAAUAAUUCAUUUCAUCAAGUUUUGCAUGACCAAGAUCAACCUCAACCAGCAUCGAGUGAACACAAACACAAGCGGAAUGAUUUUAUUGUUGAUUACGAUGGUUAUGAACAUGAAUUGGGAGAUAUAGUCAACGACGAACAGAGGAUUAGUAGUCCCACUGAAUCAAAUGUCAAUUUGGUUUCUGAACAAUCAUUUUUAACCACCACUUCACAUUCAGCUCAUGAUGAAUUGUUGCAGAUUUUCCAAGACGUUGAAAAAACCAUAGACAAUGUAAAACUGGCCACUUAUUACGAUGAUGAUGAUGAUAAUGACCUAUAUUAUGACGAUUAUGAAAACGGAUUUGAUCCCACUUCAUCAAAUACAAUAUCACCUGAAUCUUGCAUGAAUGGAUAUAUGAAGUUUAUAAUUGAUUCAUCUCAAGCACCAUCCACAUUUGAUUUUAAAGAAGCAAUUGACGGGCCCAAUUCAAGUAAAGCUCCUCCUCUUCCUUAUGCUACUGCUGAUGAUGAUGAUAGUAUCAAUUUGCCUACUGUCACCAGUUCCAAACAGGAUUUAACUCAUGAUCAAGUCAUUCAAUUAUUUGAAGAAACAUGUAAAGAAAUUGAUGAAUGGAAACUGAAUUCAGAAUUUGAUUCUUUGAAUCGUGUUAGAUUGCAUCCUAUUCGAACCAUUAAUGGAUAUUCAAGCGGGUUUAACACUAUAACCAAUGGCAAAUUUGAUCGUGAUGUUCAUGAUGGACUCGCACCUGUGGAUGAGACAUUGAAAGCCAGUCCUAAUUUUAAAAACCUGGUUGGUGAAUUGAAUCAAGCUACUACUUCCAAUGAUGAUCAGUCCCCACCGCCACUUUUCCCUGAUGAUUCAUUUGAUGAUUAUGAAGAAGACCAUGCUGAUUACACUCACAAUGUGUCAAUUCCAUCAUUUGUAAAAUGUUCAGAUAGCACGACUGCUGUGCUCAACUCAACUAAAAGGUCACCAUCGGUUAGCUCCAUGAAAUCUGAUCAAUCGCAUUUAUCCUUCAACCAGGCCCAAUUAAACAUCAGUUCCACAUCAAGCUCACCAUUGGAAAAAUCAAAUAAUUCACCUAGCACUUCAACUCCUGGAAAACGUCGUGGCAAAUAUAAAUUGAGCAGUACAAGUAGCAAAAAAAGUCUCAAGAAGAAUUUGCUCAAGUCUAGUUCCACCGUUCCCAAAAUUGACUUCAAUCAAAUGCCUGUUGAAUCUACUCCUGAUGUUGAAUAUUCCAAGCUGUUAUCAUCGAAAUCGUCCAAAGUACCCAGUGUUUCCCAUUGUGCCCAAUUGAUUGAUAAACUAAUUGCCCCACUUUUCGAUACUAAAACUUGUCUGAUUCAACGAACAUUAUACCUAAGAAACAACUUUGAUAAAAUCUUUGCCCAACAAGGUUUUCCGGAAUAUGAUCUUUCUUACAACACCAAUUUCAAAAAGACAUCAUAUGAAGCUCAAUUUAUCUUGACUAGAGUUGAUCAUAAACAUGGCAAACCUGACAACACCACUCGUGCGGGACUCUGUCCUUAUUGUAAAUCAAUUGAAUUCUUUGGUUUGAAAAACUCUUCUUAUGGUAAUCAUUUGGCUUAUAAACAUGGUAUUCUUACCAAUGGGAAAUC